GCAGAACAUGAAAUGCUUCAUCCAUUUAUAUUGGAGGUAUCACAUCAAACAUGCGGACAUUGACGCCGCGAAAUAAAGCCGGGAGGUGCGGGUUUGAGUGGCGAGGUACCCGGGGAGUGAGCGGCCGCAGCCCUGGCGCAAGAUGAAGGGAUGCGAGGGAAUUAACGCAGCCAUCGCCUGCGUGUGGCCCCUUGAACGUCUCCGAAAUAUAGAACUGGUUUAGAGCUUUGGUGAAAAUUCAGAGCGUUUGUUCUUCCUCGAAUUUUGCGUCCGAUGUACAUCGAGAUUAGAGAAGUAAACCUAGUCAAUCAUGGAUUCCGUUUCUAGGGCUGUUUGCAAUGGAGCGACUGAAAAGAAAAACGUUUCUCUGCUGGCUGAGACUCAUGGAAAGCAGGUUUUGAAUGUGCUUCAGAACUUCCGGGAGCAAAACGUAUUCUUUGAUUUCACUAUAUUUGUCAAAGGAGAAAAGUUCCCAUGCCAUAGGUGUAUUCUUGCUGCAUGUAGUGACUUCUUCAGAGCCAUGUUUGAAGUUCACAUGAGGGAAAGGGAUGAUGGAAGUGUAAAAAUCUCUAAUUUAUCUCCGGAGGCUGUGAGGGCAUUUCUGGAUUUUGCUUACACGGGGCAUGCAGAAAUAUCUGAGACCAAUGUUGAAAUGUUCUUUCAGAUGUCUUCAUUUCUUCAAGUGUCCUUGCUAGCUAAAGCCUGCAGUGAUUUUCUUAUCAAAACCCUCGAUCUCACCAAUUGCUUACAACUGUUGUCUCUAUCUGAGAGUUAUGGCUCUACUGCUUUGUACAAUCAUGCUUUGCUAUUUGUGGUGCAACAUUUCUCUCUUCUGUUAAAAUCAAGUGACUUCUUAGAAAUGAAUGCUGGGCUGCUGGAAAAAUGCUUUGAAGCAGAUGGAUUGAAUGUCCCUGAUGAGGAUACUGUUCUAAAUGCUCUUCUUCUCUGGACUCAAUAUGAUAUUGAUUUGAGAGAAAAACAUUUUCCUCAGUUGAUUAACCUCGUACGGUUGCAUCAGCUACCCAAAGAAACCCUGGAAAAUGUUAUGGAAUCUGAAAGUUUAUUAUUGAACAAUCCCAAAUGUAUGGAAUCCAUCAAUGAUGCUCUGAAGAAACUUAAAGAGUUUAAUGGGCUCUUUCCUGAUGCAAGACCAUCCACAACAGAGAAAUACAUAUUUGUUCACAAAACCGAAGAACCCAGUAUGCUUAAGCAUACAUUUUGUUACAACAUUGAGAGUGAUACCUGGAAGGAAUUGCCUGCUAUAAAUAUUAUUGAUUUUCCAGGAUCAAGUUUGGUCAGCUUUGGUGAAAAAAUAUUUAUUACUGGAGGAUGUAAUAUUAGUUGCAGUAGAUCUAUACGACUUCAUAUUGCAGAAAGAUACCAUGAUGCAACAGAUCAGACAUGGUGCUACUGUCCAAGGACCAACAAUUUCAAUGAGGUUCCAUCAAUGAAAAAUUCUCGAACCAUGCACACAACCGUUAUCGCAAUGAAUCAGCUUUUUGUAGUCGGAGGGAAAACAAGGGGCGCAAGAGAAAUCAGGAGCCUGUUAAAUGUUGAAUCCUACAAUCCUCUUACCAAAAAAUGGAGAUCAGUGAGCCAUUUGCCAAGAGGAAUUUAUUACCCAGAAGCAACUGCCUGCAAUGAUAUUAUAUAUGUCCUUGGAUCUGAGGUGGAAAUAGCUGAUACCUUCAAUCCAUCAUUAGAUUGUUUCUUCAAAUACAAUGUGUCUUCUGAUCAAUGGUCUGAACUAGUUGCAGAAUUUGGACAGUUUUUUCAUGCUACUUUAGUGAAAGCUGUCCCAGUAAAUUACACUUUGUAUAUUUGUGAUCUUUCUACUUAUAAAGUCUACAGUUUUUGUCCAGAUACCUGUGUUUGGAAAGGUGAGGGUUCAUUUGAAUGUGCAGGUUUCAAUGCUGGAGCUGUUGGGAUAGCAGAUAAAAUCUAUAUUUUGGGAGGGGAUUAUGCGCCCUAUGAAAUUACAGACGAGGUCCAAGUUUACCACAGUAGUAGAUCUGAAUGGGAGGAGGUAUCACCAAUGCCCAGGGCUUUAACAGAGUUUCACUGUCAAGUGAUUCAGUUUAAUAGAUAUCAAGAUCCCUGGAAAAUUCAAUUCUAAUGCCUAUUGUUAAUUGACAAUAAAUUAUUUAGUCCAAAUAUUUAUUUUAUUUCUAUUUUUUAAUUUAAAUUCUACUUUUCAUUUAAAAAAGAAUAAUUUCAGGCACACCCUACAAUUUGCCCCCUUAUUUAUUUGUCUGUCGGUGAAGAGCACAGGUAAUGGCAUUGAUAUACAUUCCUAAGUGACUGAAAUGAGGAUGCAAUUAAGAGCCAACCACAUUAAGAUGCUUAGGAUCAAUUAGGAUGGCAAAUUUCCUCCAAUCCCCCACCUUCCCCGCACGAACACAAUCAAAGAGAAGUGAGCGAACCAAAUGGGUUUUUGUGACAAUUCUGUUCUUUCAUAGUUAUGGUUACUAAGAAGAGCUUCUUAAUGCAUGAUAUUUUUAUUGGCUCCUUUUUCUCUUUCUCUGCUGAGCUGCUAAACUAUGCAAACCACAGUAUACAAAUAGUGUAGGUAGUCUGUGGUCCAUGUGAAAGAAAUGCAUAGUGUUCUAUCUUUGUACUGAAAAUGCUGCUUGAGCACGACAGUUGGCUGUUCUUUGUUUUUUGCUAUGGUGUUCCUUACGACUCUUUGUCUUUUCAUUCAGACAAGAGUGUUCCUACCAAGAAAUGUUUGAAGAAUUUGUACAAAGGAUCCCCUGGCUUUUCAGUAACAAUGUGCUUUUCAUCAUGUGGAUGGUGGAUUGACAAUGUUAUUGUGCAUCAUGUUCACUUCCAUUGGUACUUCAUAAGUUCAUGUAAUUGGAGCAGAAUUAUGCCAUUCGGGCCAUCAAGUCUACUCAGCCAUUCAAUCAUGGCUGAUCUAUCUUUCCCUCUUAACCCCAUUUUCAUGCCUUCUCCCCAUAACUUCUGACAUCCUUACUAAUCAAGAAUAUGUCAAUCUCCGCCUUAAAAAUAUCCUUGACUAUUCUUACAAAUAGAUAUUAGAAUUUGGAUAACGCUGACAAGACCAGCAUUUACUACCCUUUCAUUAUAGCUCUGGAGAAAGUGGUGAUGCACCACCUUCCUAAAUAACUGCAAUCUUUUUAGGGAAUGUUGUCCCACAGUACUGGUGGAUUUGCACCAGGUUAUCGUGAAAGACUGGUAUAUUUUCAAGUUGGGAUGGUGUGUGAUUUGGAGGGAAACUUGCAGGUAAUGCUGUUCUCGUGUAUCUGCUCUCAUUUAUCUUCAUUUUAACACCUCAUAGGUUUGGAAAUAGUUGCUGGAGUGACCCAGGCGACUAAAUGUGGUCUAUUUUGUAUAUAGUGCACAUUGCAGUUACUGUACAGCAUAGAGAGAAUGAAUAUUUGAGUUAGCGAACGGGUGCCAUUCAAAAGAUCGUUGAGCUUAUGUUGUUGAAACUGCAUUCAUCCAGGGAAGUGGAGAGUGCUUUGCCACUCUCUUGACGUGCUCGCUUCUCCCAAUUACUUAUUGAAUUUUACUUUUUGCUCCGUAUUUUAAACCAAGGAUGUGAUGAGAUCCUGAGUUGAAUGGUCCUCUGAAACCCAAUGAAGCAUUAGUGAGCAGAAAUACCUGCAUGAAGACAACUUAUCAAAAGGUUUAAAUAUAGAUUUGCAGAACUUGUAGCAGACACAACACAGUGGUAGAACAUUGAACGUAGGGAACAUGGUUAAAAUAAUUUGAAGAAAGGUAGAGAUAUCAGUGGAGUAGAGGAGGCCACAGACAUAUAGAGUGGUAGGACUGAGGAAUGCUUUGAAAAUGAGAUAAUUUUUAAAUCAAGGCAACUCUGGAUCAGCAGCUAGGCUGGAAUGGCGAUAAUAGAAGUGUAAAUUAGGACAGGCUCAGACUUUUGAUGAUCUCGUUUACUGAGGGUGUGUAUCAAUUUGAGUGGAAUCGUAAAAAUCCUGCAUGGUAAAAAUAUCCUAUUUCCAAAUAGUGGUCUAUUUUAUCAUCAUAACUUGUAGAAUGUAUGAGUACAUGAAAACUGAACAAACAACAACAAUAAUUUAAUUUAAUUUAAUUUUCACUUAUGGAAAUUUGUCUUAAAGACUGGCAGUCGAGAAAAUCGCAUGUGAGUUAUUGGGAAGCUAUCAUAAGUUUGUCCCCUCUCUUGUGAGAGGUGAACAAUAACCAACUGUAAUUUUGGUUGAAAUUGUUGCUUGGAAUUUCCAUGUAAUUUUAUAAUUUUACUGGAAGCCUGAAAGUUAGUUUGUUAAUAGCCUUCCAGGCCACUUCUCUGGGCUUUUCCCGACGUACACUGUAAUAUCCAGCAACCCUGGAGGUAGCUGAAAUUAUCAUAAUAGAACCAGUUGAAAAUGACAAUCACAAUUUUCAGCUUCAUGUUUAUAAUGUGUUGCAGAGACUACUUGAUGUUUUUUUUCUUACGAUUUGACAUCUGCACAGUGUCCACUUAACUGAAUGCAAUCCUGGUGCAUUGUCAUGAUAAAUUACUACAACAAUACUGGAAGAGAGCUGAAAAAUACAUAAAGGACAAUGUAAUUUUGUGCCCACCAGCAGUAAGCAUUUAACAGUGGAUGCCAUAGUAGGGAAGCUAGUAGAGCUAUUGCUUUGUACCUCCAAUGAUCUGGGUUCAAUUCUGAUGUUGUUCCCAUUCUGUUAUUCCUGUGAUUAUAUCAGUUUCCCUUAGUGUUCCAGUUUCCUUCCAUAUCCCAAAGACAUUGAUUGGUGAAUUGUCCCAUCUGUGUAGGUGAGUGGUUAAAAACCAAAGGGAGUUGAUGGGAAUGUAGCAAAUAGGUUACUGGCAUUGACUCAAUGGGCUAGAAUCAGCUCUUGUGUUGUAAAGAAAUAUAGGAAAUACGAAAUGUCUAUAUAGUCGUGACUUUUUCACUUUAAGGUUAAAAAGGUCUGAGAGGUCUUCAAUACUGACACAGAUUUUAUUUGAUUGACUAAUAUAUUUUAGUGCUUAUAUGCAUGAGGUUUUGAACCAUAAUGAUCUGGGAUCUGAGAAAAUAUUUUACCUUGUACCACUGCACAGCAAAGCCCAUUUUUCUAGGUUUAUAAAAUAGGGUGCUAAGAAUUGUGGGGGAAAAUAGCAAUUCUAAGCAAUAUUAAUAUUUCAUUUCAAUUUACUUUGUGUAUUUUGAAAGAAUGUAAAAUGAAAAUCUAACCAUCUAUGCCAAUGUAAAAUGAAUUUGAAACUAAAAUUGGAAACUGAAAUAAAAUGCAGUAAUUAUACAUAUGGGGUUUUGAGAACAGUGAACAGCUCUUGCAUCUAUACACAUUAUAGUACUGGACAUAUGAAUGUUAUUUAUAGUAGCAAUAGCCAAUAAUUUUAUAAUCUUAUAAAAAAUGCAAGCUCAGGUUAAUGUCUCUUUUAGAAAUGUAAAACGGCUAAGCAGUUUAAAGUGAUACUUUCUGGUAGAAUUUUAUUUGUUAUAAGCAGAAAUUGUUUGUGACGUUUAAAUGCAAUUGCAGGUACAGAAAUGCUUUUUUAUAACCCACUAUUAAAUCACUGCAACACAA